UGGGACAAACAUGGCGUCCUGCAGCAGGCUGCCCUUGCAUCCGUUUCUCCGUAGAACAUCAUUACGGGUCGCUUGUAACAGAAACGUCCAGGUUGAAGCCUCGACAGCCGAGAGUUUAUAUCCGCCAAUUCUGCCGUCCCGGACCGCGAAAAGCAAGUCGGCAAAGAAACGGGUUCUGUCGGAAUUCUUCGACCAGCUGCGCACAUGCACCGCACAGGAGAAGAUCACAGGGCUCACUCGCGUGCAGCGCAAAAAGUACGUGGUUUAUCCGCAGACGUUUGCUCUGAAUGCGGACAGGUGGUACCAACACUACACCAAAACCGCAUUCGUCACCGGUCUGCCCGAAAAAAUCAGCGCAGCCGCCGAGAUCGAUGAGGCUGUGUUGUCGGAGGUUAGAUCUGUAGUUUGCAACUCCAUCCUACAGGAGCACUGGUACAUGAAGAAGGGGAGAACCUUCCUCUACAGAGAGCAAGAACAAACCGCUGCUCCAUUUUUAAGGAACAUUGCGUGUGGUCUUAAAAACGUCUUGGCCAAAGAAAAUCCUUUGCUUGCCCUGUCCAGUUUAGAUUUUGAACCCCAGGUCAACUUUUACUGGCUAAGGGGACAAAGAACUAUACCAAAUGGACACAGGAAAGGACGGGUCGAGCCCAUGAGAUUUCAGAUUGAUGACAAACCACACAGUCAGAUACGAAUCCCUCAACAACUUCCUGAGUUUGUUCCUCUUGAGGCAGAGAUCUCUGCUGAAGUUCCUGUGGUCCAGUUAUCUCCUGACCUUCUCCCAUUGUUCAGGAGACAGUAUGACAACAACAUCUUUAUAGGUGCCAAACUGGAUGAUCCAUGCUGCUACGGUCACACACAGUUUCACGUGGUGCCUGAUCGGUUGCGAAGGGACAAAAUGAAAAAGAGAGGACUUUCUGACCAGAUCGAGGUGUCGUUGAGAGCUAACGGUAUCGCCAGCCUGUUCGCAUGGACCGGUGCACAGGCUAUGUAUCAAGGUUUUUGGAGUGAAGAGGAUGUGAGCAGGCCUUUCGUGUCUCAGGCAGUCAUUACGGACGGACAGUACUUCUCAUUUUUCUGCUAUCAGCUCAACACUCUGGAUUUAACGCACGGAUCGGACGAGCGCAAUGUCAGGAAGAAUCUGUGCUGGGGAACUGAAAGCAUGAGUUUGUAUGAGAGAGUCACAGAUGGAGAUGUUGUGGGCUGGAACGAUGCCGUUCUUAGGCUAAUUGUUCAGUUUAUAUUGAACAAGUCGCAGAUUUGAAACUCUGCUGAAGUAUAAAUAUGUAUAGGUGUGAAAUGGUGAGCUUGUAAAAAUGCUCAUGUUUGUUCUGUAUUCAAUAAACAUAAUUUAAUGCAA